CCGCCUGUUUUGCCGAAUGUUGUUCAUUUGUUACGCGAGUUUCACCGCGAAUCAGCACGUACUAGAAUGCGCGAAUUUUCCUUUUAAAAUAGCAUAAAUAAUGAAGUUUUUAACAUUGUGAUAAAGGUGUCAAUGGAUUAUUAAAUGUUUUGUUAAAGAUGAGAGCGAAAAUAUUGUGAAGGUUUAAAAAAAAGCUCCGCCAAAAAUUUGGACUACUCCGAAAUCUACACUAAUAGUGAUACCUGACAUCUAUGAUGUUUUAACCACCGUUUAAUACCCAAAAAAUGCAAACAACCAAGUGGUCUCAACUCAAAAUCGAAAAAAACAUUUCCGAAAACUAUCCAGCACGUUCUUUAGACAGUUUAGCAAACUCUUCGAAUCCUUCAGAAAGCAUUAGCGAUGAUUCGCACGACUCGGACUCCGGAGCAGAUACAAAAAACUCAUUUUCCGUUAAAUGUGAAGUCUACCAACAACAAAAUGGUAAAAAUUAUCAGAAACCCGAAAAAAUAUACGGAUAUGCCAGCAGUAAUAAAAGCGAAGAAAAUCGAUCGGAGCCGAAUUCGGGAAGAAUGGAGACCAUUCCCGAGGAAAUAGAAACCAAGGUAUCGGUGAAAGCGAUUUUAGCCAGGUUUGAAAAUUUAAACGGGAAGAGCGAUAAGGACUAUGUUAGUGUAAUCGCUAGUGCAAAUAAAAUUAAGGAGGCGUCAAGUGGUAGUGAAAGUGUAUCAGGAAGUUCUGUGCAGAGUAGUAUUAAUAGCAACGUUAAUAAUAGUACCGAUAAAGCACCUAACGUGCAUAGUGAUGAUAGCAGUGAUGUAGUCGAUGAAAACAAACAGGAUUUUGACAUCCAAAUUGAGUGUGAUGUAAAAAUGAUUAGUACGCUUAGUUACAUAAUUGUUAAGUAG